AUGAGCUACCACAGCAUCGGUUUCAUAACAGUUCACUUGUCUUUGGUCAACACGAAUGCAAGUCACAUGAUUGGAAUGCACGACGAAUUUGUCUGCCCUGACUGGCAACCCUGUGCUCCCGAGUUGCUAAUAGCCUUUUGGGAUAAAGAAGGCGAAAUAUGUUCAGAGCAAUCGCAAUUCUUGGAUUUGGGUUGUGGUAACGGUCUGUUGGUCUAUAUUUUGAGCCAGGAAAACUGCAAAGGCUCAGGAAUUGAUCUGCGGAAACGAAAGAUUUGGGACUGGUAUGGUCAUGGUGUAAUGUUGCAGGUUGUGCAUCCCUCGUGUAAUUUCUUUCUGUUGCCUUGCUGCACUUACGAUUUCUUUGGUAAGUUUCAACGCGAUGACGACAGAUCGAGUUCCUAUCGUUGUUACCUCGAAUACCUAUCAAACGUGGCCGAAAAAUGUGGAUUCACCACUUGUAUCAUCGGACAGCACAGCAGUGUCUUGCCCCAUGAAAGUAUUCUGAAAAACAUUGAAACGAUGUUGUUGCACAGCAGAGGUGAAACUCGGCAUGAGAACAAUGAGGAACCGACGUCGGACUCUUCAUCAGCAUUGAUGGCCGGGUUUAAAGUACAAGAAAAACAACAAGCAAGGAACUGCACUUUACUCUCGAAAGACGUCACACAUUCAAUAAUCUGCAAAGUCGUUCCUCAGCUUCUGAAAUCAGAAAACUGGAUAAUUUUGCAACGGCAUGGAAGCGAACGUCGCUGGAACCUGGGCAGUAAAUUCUUCACAAACCAAUAUUAAUA